AAUUUAAACGCAGCUCCCAUGGCGACAAGGAGACUUUAGGUGCUUUCAUCUAUAAUAAAUGGUGUGAUCUUAGCGGCUUCCAUGACGAUGGCAUUUGAAACACACAUAUAAGCGCAUAUAAGCAAUACCGUUUGUCAUGAUUUCAUCUGUUUUGCAUCGCCAGUGAGUGAACGAGCAGAACUUAAAUAGAAUAAAACAAAUUUCUACAAGAAAAUGUCCAGUAAAAGCCGCCAAAACUAUCACGAAGAGUCUGAAGCUUUGGUGAACAGGCAGAUCAACGUCGAGCUGAACGCUUACUACCAAUAUUUGGCCUUGGGCGCAUUUUACGGUCGUGAUGAUGUAGCUUUGAGCGGCUUUUCAAAAUUCUUCAAGAAAAUUGCCGAAGAGGAAAAUGAGAACGCUCAGAAGCUGAUCCAGUAUCAGAAUCUUCGAGGAGGGCGUGUGGUUUUGAACGAAGUUGGCCCUCCCGCCGAACAAGAAUGGCCAUCUCCUCUGGCAGCCAUCGAAUUCGCCCUUCAUUUAGAAAAGAAAGUCAAUCAAUCACUAUUGGACUUGCACGCUAUGGGAUCCAAGCGCAACGAUCCUCACCUUUGCCACUAUCUUGAAGGUGAAUUUUUGAAGGAUCAGGUAGAGUCUAUUAACGAGCUGGCUAAACAUCACACCAAUUUAGUCCGUUUGGGAGAUGGCGUCGGAGUGUUCCUCUAUGACAAGGAACUGCAUUCUUAAACUGAGAUCAAUAAAUUAAGGUCAGUUGGUCAUGACUGAGACUGGCAAUACGACUGAAUCCGUUUA